AUGCCACGAUGCAGUAAAGCAAAAAUGAGUUCAAUCCAAAAUCUGAAGAAAUCGAGAGAAGCAUUAGCUUUGAAAAAAGAGAAAACGAAGAGGGAGCAAGAAGAUAAAAUGAAAGCAAUGCAAUUCCAACUUGACUGCGUUAUCCGAGAAAAUGCAGAACUUCGAUUAAUGACUCAAGAGUUGAGAAGCCAGCGUGAUCAGUUGAAACGAAAGAAUGAAACUCUCCGAUUCGCUGAUCCAGUCGAUCUUCGACAUUGGAGGGAACGAUGUAUCAAUGCUGAGAAGAAAUUACAGCUGCAUCUGGCGAAAAACGAAAGAGCGACUACGAAACAAGAUCUGAAAUCGAUGGAAAAUGCGUUGGCUGUUGAGAGGAGAGCACAUCAGGAGACGAAGAUGGCCCUGGCUUAUUAUAGGAAUCAGGAGAAAAUUAGGAGUUCCCAAUCACACCCGACAACUCAUGCUAGACCUGUACGAAUGAUACGAGACCCGGUGAACACUCCAGAAGAGGCUCAGAGCUCAACUUUCAAUUCGAUUUUGAUGAAUAUGGCUGCUCGAAUAACGCCACCGGAUGAAUCAAAUACAGAUGAAUCACACGAAGAGAAGAAACCUGAAACUUUAAUAGCUGAAAUUGUUGUUAAAGAGGAGGAUCUGUGUAUUUAA